AUGAGCACUAACACGGAAGGUUUUCUAUCGAACCCAUCGAAAUGGAAGCGCCCGGACGACAUUAUAAAAAUGCAGCGACUGAAGCAGAAGCAGAAGGCGCUGCAAGAUCGUAUAAACAAACCAUCGAGAGCGGCAAAUCCUUCGCAAGCCAAAGCGAAUGACGAUCCCAUCGCAAAUCGGUUCGAGGGAUCCACCAAACGGAAAAAUCCCUUCUCGAGAAACACGGACAAUUCCGCCAAACGCCAGAAGGACGAUUCGGUCAGUGCGUCGGCCGCAGGCGAAGAAACGAUCUUUGAACUCCUGACCAAGGCGCAGCAACCGGAGGUGCCCCAAAUUGAAGCACCAGUCGUGAAACCCCUCGAGCAGCGCUUCCUGCAACAGUGUCCCGUCGAGCAAACGUUACCGCAGUACGUGGAGGAAGUUCCCAAAACUAGUAAACAGAGCCCUAUCCACUGGAGUGUGAAGAGCAAAAUGCGUAUCAUCUGCCGUACGCCUAUCCCGGGAACUAACCUGCGAACGAACCAGGAAGCCAGCGGUCUCACGUCCUUCGUGCGGUGCAUUGACGCGAAAGAGUCUUCUACCGGGUUGGACAUUUCCCCCGGUGCACGUUUCUACCAAGCAACGCUUUACUGGCAGCAUCCGUACCUCCCCUGGCUUACGCUCUUUCCACGCAACUCACGCAACAAUCACACGCAGAGCACGUUGGACGAAUCAGUGCGUUCGGUCCUGGCAAAGGAGUGGGUGACGAGCUUCCGCAAUCUGUUCCAGCUGCUGCGGGCACGCCAGUGUCCAUACUUUUACGUGUGCGCCAACACGUUUACCGUACUCUUCCGAGCGGCCGGUAUCGGCGGAAGGGUGGAAACACACGCACUGCUAACACCGACAUCGCGAGGGAUGCGGGCAGCCCUCAAACAGGAGGAGAUCGAGUUCAGUAUGCCACUGAAGAAAUCGAGUGCAGCUGCAACCGACAAAGCGGACCAACUGAACCGAUCAAACGAAUCGGGCGUUGGGAAUAGUAGCUUUUCUAACUCUUCUGAAGAGACGCAAGCUGGGCCGACGUCGAAUUGCAUGUCGGAUGAAGAUAACGACGAAGACGAGGACGAUAUGGACAGUGAGCAGUGGCUACAAAGUCUCGGGGUAGAUGCGGCCGAGAUACGUAAGAUUAGCGAUAAUCACAUGAAGAAACAGCAGAUGCGCGAGUGUGGCGGAGACUACGGUGACCAGUCACUAGUGCUUAUCGAGGGAUCGGAGUGCCAGGCGUUCUUUAACUUUCUGCUCAACGCGAAAAGUACCACCGCAAAAGUAGGGCGGUUGGCCGGUGUUCCACCGACACUGCUGGCGCCGGUUUCGUUUGUUGGAGCCAGCCUCCGUACGCUGCAAACCCGUUCCACAAAGAUACGAAUGGAUGGACAAGAUUACCACAGUACCGAACUGCACGGAGUCGUGCUACCCCACGUUCUUCCGUACUUGACGGAUUUGCUGUGUGAAGCGAACGAUAAUUACAGUAUAACGCUUGCGACGGUUCCCAGCACGGCGGGUCUGUGUGAAGCCUCGCAGAAACUGAUCAACGAUCUUGACAAGGAAAACGAUGCAUCCACGCAGGCCGAUCCCGUCUUCGGAAAGGAGAAUCUGUCGGACUGUGGACUCAACCAGCGCGUCGUUGAGAGUAUGUGUCGCGUCACGAAGGACUCCGUGUUCGACACCGAACGUCUACUAUACAGUCUUGACGCUGGUGGUUUCAGCUGGAGUUGAGCGCUACGUUUCUGGUACAAAUAAAUACGCCCGUUUAGACAA